AUGCCGGGCAAAGAGAACGCCAAAAAAGGGGCAAAGAGCAGUAACUCUGAAGGAGCGGCUUUCGACGAGACCUCCUUUUCCGAGCAGUCCAGACGCGACCUCCGAGAGUUGUUCAUCAUGAUCGCACGUCUACAAGCUGAAAAUAAUGCUCUUCGCGCCACAGCUCAUCUCGAAUCCAUCACCGAGAGACUCAGAGAGCAAGUCGAAAAACUCGAGUCUCCUCAACCUGCAAAAGAACAAGGCAAUCCCCUGUCACGCCGACUACAGCGACUCACCGAGAUCGCCAUCGACUUGCCCCUCGAUAUCAAAGACGAUGACCUCAGUGUAAACGAUCUUGCCCUUCUUUGCACCGUUCUCGAGGAUGACGUGCGGCGAGCAGCACUGAUCAGCUUUGCUGGAGACUCUGUCACCUUCCCAAUGUUGUCCUUUUGUCUGCGGUCACUUGGUGAAGGAAACACGGUUGGAUUUCUCGUGCAUGAAGGGGGACGAACGCCUCGUUGCUCUCUCCAUGGAGACGGAAAUUGUACCUGGAUGACGAGGGAAGAUGGAUUGAUCAAGAUUCGACUUGAAGAUGAAUGUGAUUUGAAGUUUGGAGACAUGGACAAGAACAUGGUUGUUUUGGCGGUCCGCUGUAUUUGGAAGAAGCGAGCUUCUAACUGUGAGCCACUCGCAGGCUCAGCAGCUGCAUCAAAGUCUGGCCGCCAGCGGACAGAGCUAGCAUGCGUAAUUUCUCUUCCCCAGACUUCUUGGUUAAUUAAUCCAUUGAUUCAAUCGAAUUUCUUCAUCUCGUCUCCUCAUACCUCUUCAUUGACACCAAGCACUACCACUUUCUCGCAAUAUCAGCAGAAGCACCCAGAAAUGACAAAGCGAAAGUCUACUACGGGUGCUGAAGAGUCGCACCAAGACAGCCACCAUGGAAACAGAGGCGGGCGCGCUGGACGCGCUGGACGCGGCGGCCGGUGCAAUGGUCGUGGCGGUCACCAUGACGGUGGACAUUGGCAAGGCGGUCCAUUUCCGGGUCAAACCCCUGUUCACGCCGUCACCCAUUCUACUACUAUUCACUAUGGACCUCCAGCUCCCCCAGGAUAUGCAGCCGGCUUCCAACAUGGACAAUUUCCUUCGCACCAGCCUGUCUCUGCCGGGCCGGCACUACCCCCGUACCAAUUCGCUCCUCAAGUACCAUGGCAAUCUGGAAACGGACUCUCAAACCCAUUCUCCCAGCCGCAGCAGGUCCCACAGAUACAAGACGCGAGCCCCAGCAAUGGACAGGGCAAUGACCAUGGAAAGAGACAGAAGAGGAGAAAGCAGAAGAGAUCUGAUCACACCGAAGCCCAGGUGGUCGCUGGAGUCGAAACAGGCCAGGGGCCAUCCUCUGGAUCCAGAACACUUCGCGUUCGCAGCAGGAGUUGA